UCGAUAUAUACAGGUUAAUAAUUAUUCUUCGUAUAUUUUGUGAUUUAUAAAUACGAAUACCCAAGAAAUAAGAAGAGUAAUAUUUCUUAACGUAUACCUUUGACAUUUCUUAUUCCAAUGGCACUGACAGGACCUGACUUACCGAAAGUUCCAAUUCCUUUAAAAUCUAUACAACACUAUUUAACAAUUGCGUCGAAACAUGAUCAGCGAGACAGCGUUGUUAGCUAUUGGUGUCGCUUGUAUGCCCUUCAAACUGGAUUGAAAUUUUCAACUAAGACAUCAGAGGAGACCAAUUUUUUCUUGAAGCUAAUGGACUGGUUGGAAGCAACAAAGAAAGAAUUGCAUGACAAUGAAGCUAUUACUAAUGAUGUAGCUGCUCAAGCGCACUUAGAAAAUUGGGCUUUAAAGCUUUUUUUAUAUGCUGAUAAAAAUGACAGGGCUGCAAAUUUUUCUCAGAAAGUAGUACAGAGUUUCUAUACCGCUCAGAUGUUGUACGAUGUAUUGACAUUGUUUGGAGAAUUGAGUGUAGAAGCUGCACAGAAUCAGAAGUAUGCUCAAUGGAAAACAGCUUAUAUUCAUGAUUGUUUAGCAAAAGGAGAGACUCCAAUACCAGGACCAUUUAAAGAAACAAAUAAUGAAAAUGAUUCGGAUGAAGUAUCAAAUGACAAUGAAGAGGCUAAAUCAAAUGUAAGUCCUGCAAGUCCUAAGGAUAAUACUUCGCUAGACAUUCCAUCUGUUCCUCCAAAUCCACCAACUACAAGAAUACAGUCAUUUGAGUCAGAAGAUGAUACAUAUAAAACGGAAAGUGGUGCUAAGUUGUCAGUUGAGCAAAUAAGCAAGGCUCAGAAACUUCUCAAAUGGGCAAGUAGUGCAUUGGACUAUGAUGACGUAGCUACUUCUGUAAUGAAUCUUCGGAAAGCUCUGCAUCUUUUAACUACUGGUCAGGAAUCCAUGUAGAUGAACGAAAUGUAUAUAGAAAACACACGUACAGUAACUUACAAUUAUGUUACAUGUUAUUGCUAACGUAUUUAAUGGUCAUAAUAAAAGAUAUUACACUAAUAUUUUAAAACUUUUACAACCUUCGGGUACAAUUAGUAGAAAAUGAAUAAAAAAAAGGCAUAAUUACUAAAAAACUAGUCAAAUCAACCUCGAG